UCAGUUUGAUGUUGACUGAAAAGUAUAAUUUGUCUUCUUUCUUUUCUUAAUAUGGAAAAGGCAAAGGAGUCUGGAACCUACACGUUGCGGCAGCUGAAGGCUUGUGUAGGUGACGUGCACCUGCUGCUUCCACACAUAUACCCCCUAGUGCAAUAUGACGUGUAUUCUCAGGAGCCGCAGCUGAAGGUGGAACCUCAGAGUGAAUGUCUGCUGGCUGGGGUUCCUCAGAAACUAAAGUUUACAGUGACAACGGGACAUUACAGAGUAAAAGAGGGCGAUGCUCUGCAACUCAGUAACACAGAAAGUAUGGUGGUUCUACCAGGUGACCAACCUACUGCAGUGAUAUACAGCAACAAUCAUGGGGAGAUGACUCACAGCCCUUUCGGUAUCCAGCGUUCAGAUAAGGUGACCAGUAUCUCUCUACCCCCUACUCCCCCCUAUCAUCUCAUGGAGUUUGAGUUGGAUGUUAUGUGUCUGUUCCCUGAAGGGGGACAUCUACUAAAUGGGGAGUUCCCUCAGCGAGGGAAGGAGCAUAAUGACACUACGGAGCAGAGAGUCUCUGUUGACUGUCCGUGGUCUAUCUAUUCCACCAUCAUCAGUCUGAUGUUUCAUCUGCCGCUCAAAGCCCAGCACAGCCUGCUCUCCUCUGGGACAAG